GCCUGCUGCCAUAACUUUACUGUACACUAGUAAACACACACACAACAGACCAGAGCAACGCGGUUGUCUCAUAGUAGCGGCCAUUCAGCAGAGAAACAAAGAGCAGCUGCUCUCUUCUUCCGGUCUGAGAAUGACUCAGCAGGAGCAGCAGGAUUUCAUGGAGAGCCUGGAGGCAGCGCUCUCCUGGAUGCAGGCCAUCCAGGAGAGGCUGAAGGCUAAUGACAACACGCAGGGACCCCGUGAUGCCCUGGAGGCCCGACUCAGGGAGACAGAGAAAAUCCAUCAGUCGGAGCAUGAAGGUUGGGUCAAGAUGGACCUGGUAAUGGUGGCGGCUGAGAACCUUCUGCAGAGUGGAGAUGAAGAGAUGAGGAACCACACCCACACUAAGCUCAAAGAACUGAAGAGCCUGUGGGAGGAGACAUCUACCUACAUCAUUCACUGUCACAGUCGUAUCGAGUGGGUGUGGCUUCACUGGAGCGAGUACCUGAAGGCUUACGAGGAGUUUGAGCUUUGGCUGACGCGACUGCAGUGUGUCCUAGACACUGGGGUGGAGCUGCAGUUGGGGGUGAAGGAGAAGCUCUGGCAGGUGGACCAGCAGAGAGUGGCGGUCAGUGAUGUCCAUGGACAGGCAGUGCUGUUGGAGAGGCUGUUAGACGAAGCGGCCGCACUGCACAACCGAACUCAGGACCCCAGCGUGGAUUCCCAAGCCCAGAAGAGUCUGCAAGAGGCCUACAGAGAUGUCCGGGACAGAGCUGAGGAGCGUCUUUUGCUGCUUCAGAAGAUCGCAGAGGAGCACCAGACAUACCAAGGCUGCGUUCAGAGGUUCCAGUCCUGGCUGCUGUCGAAAACCAAGGAGCUGACCGAUCUGAUGGACAGAGAGAACACGGCUGAGGACAAGCUCAAAGCCUUACAAGCUCUGGAUGACAGUGUAGCUGGUGAGGAGAAAACCCUCCAACACAUUGAAGGUUUGGCCGAGGCAGUGAGGAGAAGCACCUGUCCAGCAGGAGCAGAGGUGGUGGUGGAAGAGGCUGAGGAGCUGAGGCUUGGCUGGCAGAGGCUUCGACAGGGCCUGUGUGAGGCUGGGGAGGGCCUGCGCUCCAGCCUGGACUCUCACAGUCAGUACAUGUCAAGAAGCCAGCGGCUGGAAGAAGACAUCGGGCGCCUCAGAGUGCUGUUGCAUGAGCUGGACCAUGAACUGCUUAUGGGCCACGAGGCUGAAGACCACACUGACUGCAAUGAGGAGCAGAUGGUGGGCCAGUGGAAGAAAUACACAGGUGUAAGGAAUACACUGGCAGGGGAAGAGUCCCAAGUGGAACUUCUAAAGUCUCAGCUCAAGGAGCUCUUUAAAUUCUCAGUGGACUCACAGCACCUUUCUGAUGAUGUCCUGGCUGUUGUCAAAGAGCAUCAGAGUGUGAAAUCUAGAGCAACCAGGCUGUGUUCCGAUUCAGAGUCAGGACUGAGAAACGUUCUCCAGGAUCCUCUGCUGGUCUACGCCCAGUGGAGUCACAUGGUAUCUCAGGUGUUGGAGGCUUCUGCUGAGGUUACCGAUUUCUCCCACAUCGCCAUGCUGGUUCAGAAGAUAGAGCAUCUGCUGAAGGAAAGUGUCCAGCUCCAGGAGCGUCUGAGUCUGCUGCAUGUGAAGGGAGACCUGCUGGACUCUGUGUUUGGUCCAGAGAGGUCUGAUGGUUUACAGGGUGAUCUAAGUGCUGCCAUCAAAAACAGAGAGCUGCUGCACACCCAGCUACUGCAGAGGAGGAACAGGCUUCAGGCUUUAAUUUCAAGAACCAAGGACUUUGGUGACGCCUACAAUUUGAUACGCUCCAAGCUGGGCCAACUUCGUGACCGACUGACAGCAGCAGAUGUCCUACAGCCUGACAUCUUGGCCAAGAAAAGUCAGUCAGACCAGUUCACGGUAAUCCAGAGGGACAUAGAGGACUGUGAAGCCCACAUCACAGCACUGGAGACUCUGGUCUCCUCCAGUCAGAACAACAGGACUCAGUUUGAACUGCUCUAUGCUGAAUGGAAACAUCUGCACAAGGCAGUCAGGAUAAAGGUCCAGGAAAGUCAGCAGAGCAUCGCAGAUCAUGAGAGCUUCCACGACAGCCUUCUGAACAUAGAGAAAUGGCUGAUGAUCAUGAAGCAAAAGCUUAAGUCCUUUCAAAGUUCCUCAGGAGAAUGGAGCAUCGAAGGUCGCCAGCAUGAAGCUCAGAGAGCACUGGGGGAGUUUCCUGAGAAGGAGAUUCAGCUGCAGCACAUGGAGGUCCAGGGUCAACGGGUUUUGGAGAGGACUUCAGAGGACGGACGGAUCCACAUUGUAUGUGACAUGAAGCGGCUACGAGAGUCCUGGAUGGCCCUCUACAACAUGAGUCUCAAUCUUCACGGGCUACUGAACAGCACCAUUAAGCAUACAGAGUCUGGCUUUAGGAGUAUUGGAGGCGGCACAUUCACACCCGAGGAAGAGGACAGUGAGGUCUGGACAGGAUCCAGAGGAUCCAGAACCCAGAGAGGCCAACAACAAGAUGAAACCGUAGAGUUAUUUGGAACCUUUGCAAGUCCUGUACCAAAAGGCAUGGAGGGAGUGGAUGUGGAGAAUGUGAUUUCAGGGCAAGGUGAGUGGAUCCAGGGUCACUCUGAAGGUCACAUCAUACUGUCGGGACAAGAUGGGGAACAUCUCAGUCAGAACAUCUCAUCAAAGACACACGUGGACAGCAGGCGCUCUUUUAAAGGAGAUGAAGUUGAUUCCUUUGCUUGGAGCUUCCAUGGCGAAAGUCAAACUCACAAAGACACAGAUGGAUUCCUUGACAAUGAAGACUCAACAGUGUCCGACAGUCACGUCUUGAUUGGAGACAGAGGUGUAACAGCACUGACCACAAAGGGGAGCACAGGACGGUACAGAUCCAGAAGGGCAGAGUUUGAAGCCUGGCUGUGCAAAGAGAAUGAACUUCUUUCAGGAAUCCUCAGCAACAGAGGAGCAACAAUCAGCACCAAAGAACUCAAGAUCAGACAGAACACCCUGAAAACUCUGAGAGCAGAAGUGGCCUGGGGUCAAGAGCAGUUCCAGCUGUUGCUUCAGGAAAGUCCGAGCAAAGAGGCUGGUUCUGGGUCAGCAGAGGAUCUGGAUCCGAGUAUGGAGGAACUUCGCUACCGCUGGAUGCUCUACAAGUCCAAACUGAAGGAUGUGGGAGACGUCAGGGUGAGGAAGAGCAGUGCUAAGAGAGUCCAAGCCAAACAAGAGGAGCUACUCAAUGCAGCAAAGAUACAAAAGAAGCCCAGCCUGAUGCAGCGUGUGUGUCGGCUGGCGUUGCCAUUGUGGCUCCUCUUCCUCGCUCUGCUUCUCUUGCUGUUCCUGCUGCCGCUCAUGGACGAAAGCCACAGCUGCUCCCUCUCCAACAACUUUGCCCGGUCCUUCAACGUCAUGCUUCGCUACGAGGGCCCUCCACCCACAUAGGACAAGACAACGUGCAGUAACAUCGAAUGACCAUGGCUAAUGUAGGAAAUGUUAACUGUAAUACUUGACAUCCCACAUUCCCCCGUCCUUUAAUCAUCAUGUAUUAACUGUAACAUGACGUAAACUAUAGAAACUAUACAGCUUUAAGCCAUCAGAUCCUCUGCGUGUCGAGGACCUUACACUCAUUUUAAUGCUUUGACUACCACUAAUACACAUUUGCUCAUUUUACUAUAUAGGAGCUCUGCUGAAACUGAUAAAUCCUACAUUCAUUACCAUUAGUAAAUACUGUAAUACGCAUUUACUAACUGUUAAUUCAUGUUUUAACUAAAUACUUAAUAGGUUAAUUAGGUAUUAAUUCAUACAGGAUUCAAGGAUUUAUAAAGCUACUAGUAAUGUCAGUUAACAGUAAUAACUGUUAACCGUUUAUGAGUACUGAAUAAGUAUAACUAAACUGUAAUUAAGAAUUUAUUAACCAUUAUUAACAUGCUCUUUGUGACCCCUAUUGUAAAGUGGUCAAGUAUCAUUUAACAAAGACCUUAUAAACAUAUAAAGAUGCUAAAUAAUGCAUGGGUACAGGUAUGCUUAAGUAAUUGCUUAACAGAGUUAACUAAUGAUGAUUUAGUGCUACUAUACAUAAAUGAAGGGUCACUUUUAAUCACAUUUACAGUUAUUUAAAGCUUUAAUUAACUGUCAGUUAACAGUUAUUAAUGACAUUAACAGUAGCUUUAUAGACCCCUGAAUAAUAUAUGAAUUAGUAUCUGAAUAACAUUAAUGAAUGAAAGACUGAAACACCAAGAGUGGUGCCAAAUAAUGUAAUGUACUGUACUGAACCGCAUAGAAGCUUUCCACUCAGUGCACACACAGCUGUAGUAAAUGCUUAUAACAGCAUAAUGUCAACAAAAGAACCUUUAUUGUAAAGGCUGCAUACAGUAUUUCUUCAUGUUUGAUGUAACCUCUAAAAGGAUGGACGUCAGAGUAACAUCUGCAAACACCAAAUGUAAUAUUAAUGCAUUUAUUUAAGCCUGUAUCCAUGUAGUCUUUAUGAAGUUGCCACCCACCAGUUUGCAUUGGACUUCAGAAUGAUGCAUCAGUCUGUCUUUAAGCCGAAGUACAUUUCUGCUUUUACCGAGAUCGUUUAUAACAAGAAGAGCUUUUAUCUCCUUCCUGAGAGCUGGAUUUAAUGGAAGUAAACAUGUGGCCACUUGUUUGGUUUAAUCCUUUUUUAUCCAAAUGUCUUUUUUAAUUCAGAAAAAAAAGUUUUCUAUUUUAUUAAGUGGUAAAUUCCCAUAAUUCCUGCCCUCUAGGUGUUACUAUUUUCAGAUUUCUCUGUUAUUCUAGGUUAACAAGAUUAUGUUUUACAUUUAAAAAAAGUACAAUUCUGCUGUUAGUUUAUACUUCCCAAGAGCUGAGCAAACCUGUGGACACUUUAAAAUGGAAGCCUUUUUUACUUUGUUUCGUGUUCAGACACAUUAGACACUUGUUAAUUUAAAAAAGUGCUAUUUUUUAAUGAAUAUCAUAUCCUUUUUAUUCAGAAAAGCGCAGUUUUCUUUUAUUUAUUUUCAGUGAAUGAAUGCAGUUCCAUAGAAUUUCCAUAAUUGCGAGGAGUCACUUCUUGUGUGCCUGCAAUAUUCACUAACAAGAAAAAAAAUCUAAAUUCCUACAGCCAGAUACAGCCUGAUGUCCGUCUUUCUGCCAAACAGUGUGAGAGAAACAGACAAACACAAGCGAGCGAAAAAUAUAUAUAUAAUAUAUCAUAACCAGCCAUAAUGUAUUAUUAUCUUACUGUGUGUCAGUACUUCAUGCAAAGUCCGUAAAAACACUUGAUCUAUCCCUUUAAGAUGUUUCAAUAAGCACCAUAAUCCACCAUUGUUAUUUUUAUUUUUUAUUUUUUUCUGUGUAGCCCAUUUUAACUGAACAACCACCUCAUGAGACCUGACCGUUAUAAGUACAGUUGCUAUUUUGGUUUGAUCCGUCUUUCUUUUUUUUUUUGUCUGGCGUCAUCACCUGACCUAAACCACCUGGCUGUAAUCAGUGUGUGCAAACCCAAAAUAAACCAGAAAACCAACGCAGUCGCACCAUGCUCACCUCCUCCUAAAACACACACCACAACACCUCCUCCACAUGCCGUCACACACUCACCACUUCAUUUCCCUUUUUUGGUUUGAGUGUAUGAGUUGUAUUAGUUUUAUCGUGUUGUCAUGGCAACAGUGGCCACAUUAAGUCUGGCGUCCAGGUUUGUGUUAUGCAGUCUUUGUGUGUUGCGGCUUCACAUGUAUUGCAGCAUGUGUGAUGUUUCCGAUUUUGAGAAGGACUUUAAAGGCUUUAAAGAGCUCAAGUCGCAUCAAAGAAAAAGAUAUUGUAAACACAGCAAAGGUAACUCUAACUUAUGUUGUUGUUUUUUUACAGUUACAGUUGCACGGGAUACUGACACAUAGUCAGCUCUGUAAACCACCUACAGAUGUGUGCUGCUCUGUUAACUCCUCACUCCCUGCGCCAAAGACAAAGUUAGUGAUUUUAUAGCACAGCACACAGGAGAUGUUAAUCCACUGCUGCCAGUGAGGACACGUGUACAAACAGAUUACAGCCACGUUACAAAAGGCUCAUCUAAUAAAACAUCCGCCUGCUUGAGACUACGAUAUUUGAAAAAAAACUUUAGAUUUUAGUAUGUUUAUGUCACUGAAGUAAGUCCAAAUGAAGGAUUUUAAACACAGAACUCUAAAGAGUCACUGAAUGCACUGAUGGAGGCAGCAGUGGACCUGUAACUAUAUAAAUCCAUGUGUAAGACUAGACUGUGUCAGUAUGGACACACGCACAUCAGAUCUGAUCACUUGCAAUACAUAAUGUGAACAGUUGGUCUACUUACAAAUCUAAACAAGGCCCAGUGUCACUAACUCAUACGACCACAUUUACACAGCUAACCCUGUAAGAGUUCAUAUUUCACAUAUUAUCAUAACACACCCACUGGUGUGUAGUGGCAAAAACAUGCUUAUUUUAACAUGCAAAUAUGCAAUAUAUAUACCUUUUAAAUAAAGGUAUAAAAAAAAAAGAAAUGACCAAAAAGCAUACUGAAGGCAUGCAGCUACAUGUAUACUACACAAUCACAUAUACUGAGUGCCAUAACCUUAUGUUUUUAUUCACUAUACUGUACGUCUUUAUAUUUUUUAUUCACUAUACUGUAUGUGUUUUUAGUCCUGUCAUGCAUGUUCAUGUUACAUGACAUGAUGAAUCAGUUAUUAGGCUGGUACUGUACUGCUUUAUUUAUAAUCUCCCUUUAGAGAAGCCUAUGAACGCCUGCACCAGUCACACAUCAUCUGUCAAAGUGCAAAUCAGUAGCUGAUGUAACAAGAGCACUGACUUUAAAUCUCCAUGACAACACGUGCGUCAAACACACAGAAUUGUCAGAACUGAACACAUCAAACAAAUGUUAUGCAAAAAGUCUCUCGUGCUAGUGCCUGCCGACUGAUACGAUUGUUCAAAUCAAAGAUUGACAAGUGAGAGCUUUAAAAGAUGAAAAAAAAUCAAACGUUACCAAUUGUGUUCUUGUAUUUUGAACGUGUCAGGAAGAAAUAAUGUAAAUAAUUUAAGAGCAUGUAGUGAUUCUGUUUAUGCUGAUGAAAUAAAAGACAUUUAUUCCUUUAA